GAAGCCGUUUCGCGCGCAUCGCCAGUGAAGUGGCGUGUCGUCUGUGUUGUGUCCUCAUCAACUGCUGUUGUGGUUGGAAGUGGGAACCUCAGCAGGUGGUAAACUCUCACACCGGCCACGCUCUCACCGAAGCUCGCAGUCGCUCCCCGCGCAUUCGCAGGAGCCUACCGCCGACUCUUCGCAUUCAGCUGGCGCAAUACCAGUCAUGCCUCCGAGGCGUCGGGUCCGUGGGACCACAAGCCCUUCGCCCGCACCGCUUGCCAGGGCCUCCACUCCCACGCGCGAUUCCGUUAAUGGGCGACUUACUCCCGCGCGGGGUGUGCCAGUUAGGACGGAUGUCCCCGCCAAAUACAGCACGUCCUAUGGCUCGCCCAUGACUCAGCUGCCCGACCGCUCCACUGUUGGCGGCGGCGGGAACAUCACCAAAGCGGCGGCCGAGAUCUUUUCCAAGGUCAAAAAGGACAACUUGGCCGCUGAAGCGCGCCGUCACGCGAGGGCCGCAAGGGCUGCCUCGAGGGAUGUGUCUGGUUCUCCGGCGCCUCCCGCAAUUCGGCCCACCAUCGAGGCCGACCAUGAGCCAGAAGAGGUGGCGGAAUCCGAGGCGCAAAGCGAAAGCACAGAGGAGACGAGUGAUGGGGAGGGAAGCGAGUAUGAGGACGGCGUUCAACCCAGGACCAAACGAGCAACUCCCCAGAAAUCGCCCCAGAAAACAGCUCGCAAGAGAGCUCGCGAAGACGCAGAGGCUGAAGCCCGUGCCGAGCAAGAACGGAAGGAGAGGGACGCGCGGUUGAGACGAGAGCGCUCCGCGGAGGCUCGCAAGCAGAGGAACCAGAAGCUGGCUGAUGAUCAGGCCGCCGCACGGGAAAGGGCCGAGCAGGAACGUCAAAGGUACGAGGAGCAACGUCGCAUCGACCAAGCGGCGUGGCAAGAGUCGGCGAGGACAGCGAUGCCGCCGCCGCUUCCGCAUCCAGCGGCGCCUUUAGUUCCGCCCGAGAUUGUCAUGACCCCAGCCAGCGCCCACAUAGUGCCAGGGGACAUGAGCGUGUAUCGGCCCCCGUCCGCGCGCAGCUUCAUUGAGGAAGGGAAUCUCUUUGUUGAAGCCGAUAUCAAUACUCCAAGGCCUCCGCCGCCGAAGAGUUCGCGCCCAACUUUGCCUCCCGCACCCGCAGCACCCUCACGGCCCGCUCCAGCACCGGCAGCGAAGACAAAAGCCGCCACUGUCGCACCACCAGAGCCGGCCUCUCCCCCAAGUGUGCUCAAACGCCCUCCGAGACGUCCCGGCGGCACGACCCCGAGCCGUCGGCGGGACCUCCCGUCACGUCGCGAUCACCAGCCAGGAAACACCCAACAGUCAUUGGCCGUUACGGAGCCACCGAAGUCUGUUGAUGAGGACCAGCCGCCCCGAACGACCCCUCUUACUGAGCUCCAAACGACCCCUCUUACUGAGCUCCAAACGACCCCUCUUACUGAGCUUAUAGACUCGAACUUGGGAGAUAAGCUCCUCCAAACCCAACCGGCGGAUAGAAGUGACGCCUACCGGUGGCACUGGGGUCGCAUCUGGCAGACAUUGAACCCCUGGUCGGUUCUCAAGCUCAUGAUGGGCGUCUCUGUCAUGCUUCACGCCAUAAGGCUUGUCCACUUCCGCGCCCGGCCAGAUCUGUUUGAGGCGCCAGUUCUGACGCUGAAUUGGUACGGGUGGAAGGAUUGGACAAGCAACGUUGGGCAGUUCUUCCCUUCACCGUUCCUACAGCACCCGAUUGGCGUUCUCUCGCAGAAGCAGUAUGACGAUCUCAAAGCGUACCUUCAACAACGAACGACGACAACGGAGGCGGUGGUGGACAAUCUCAAAUCAGUCAUCCCAAAGGUUGUCUCAGUGCGGAAAGACAAAAGUGGAAAGAUCCUCAUUGCGGACGAGUUCUGGAACGCUCUGAAGGAGCGAAUCCAGAAGGAUGAUAGCAUCCUGUCCCUGGAUGGCAAAUCUCGCAUUUCCGAGCAGCACUGGAAAGCGAUACAGCAGCGCCUCAAGGAUGCCGGUUUGCUCGCCAAGCCGCUCUCAGCGGAUGAUGUGUCGCGUAUUGUGGACAACUCGGCGCCCAAGUCUUGGGAAAAUUGGCUCCAAAAGAAUGAGCGGAAAGUUGCCGAGAUGCUCCGCCAGACGCUCGGCAAAGACGCACCCAAGGGGACUAAAGGUGGCGACGAGACCGUGGUCUCGCGAAGGGAGUUCAUCCGUGAGCUGACCGAGCAGCUGGAGAAAAACAAGAACGACAUGUCCACCACGAUGGACAGCCUCCGCCACGAGCUUUACGGGCUUGUCCACGAGGUCAAAACAACAGCCCUGGCGGGGGGCAUGAGCGAAGCCGACAUCAAAAAGCUCAUUAAAGAAAUUGUCGACAAAGAGGUCGCCCGCCGCUACCUCGACACAGCGUCCAAAACGAGCACCGCCAGCAUCGACGCCGCCCUCCGCAGGCGCGUCAACCACUUCAGCCCGGGCAACGGCGCGCAAGCCGACAUCGCCCUCAGCUCUCCCGCCUUCAGACUCACCGCGCCCCGGAUCGGCUCCAAGGAGUGGCUCAAGAGCCUUCCCCGGCAGCCGCAGUUCCUCGGCGAGCCGCUGCACGCGCUCACGCCGUGGUCCGACCCGGGCCACUGCUGGUGCGCGGGCACGCGCAGCCACCCGGCGACGCUGGCGGUGCGGCUGCGGGCCUUCGUGGUGCCGCAGUACGUCGUGCUGGAGCACAUCGACCCGGGCGCGACGGCGGACCCGGGCGCCAUGCCGCGCGACGUCGAGGUCUGGGCCGUCUUCGACGAGCACGCCCGCCGCGAGCGCGUGCUCGACUGGAUGGCCGCGCGGUUCCCCGACGCCGUCGGCCACCCGCUGCUCGCCCAGGGCCUGGCCAAGAUCGGCCAGUUCACGUACGAGCACCGCCCCCAGGACGGCGGCGUCUUCGUGCACAAGCUCGCCGACGAGCUGCUCGACCAGCUCGGCGCCGCCACCGACCUGGUCAUGGUGCGCGCCGUCACCAACUAUGGCUCGGAGGACCAUACGUGUUUUUAUCGCGUCAGACUGUACGGCGAGCCGGUGGAGUUGGAGGCCGAGAGUAAGAGUAAACAGUGGUGAGAUGGGUAGGGGUGGUGUAAACAUGACAUGGAUGAGUGAGUGAGUUCCAGUUGGGGUGGGUGUUGGUUUCGGCGUUUGGGAAAGGGCGGGGUACGAACGAUACCACACCGUUCAGCAUCUGGCGUUAGAAUACUUUGCUAGCCUCGGGGUUUGCGGUUCUCGCUGUCGGCGGAGUUGUUUUUGGCGUUUCACGAAUAGUUACGCGAAGAGAUUGGAGUUCAGCGAUCACGACUGGC